CCUCCCCACCUCAACUCCUCCUCCAUUCCCUCCCCUCCGCUAAUUCAUACCCACUUCCACCCCGAUUCCUUCUCCUCGACCUCCCGCCUUCCUCCAAGUCUCCUCCCCGCCCUGGUUCUCGAUCGAACCUGGGGUCUGCAUCCCGAUCUCCUUCGAAACUCUCUUCCAAAGAUGUGAUUUUUCCAUUCGUUUUUUUGUCUCUGUCUUCUUGAUUAGUGGGGUUGGGGCUUUUCCUUUGAUCGAGGGAGAUGGAGCAGGCGUCCCCCCAGCUCAACCGCGUCGUCUCGCGGCAGCUCUCCGGGGGCUCCGGGAGGAGAAGCGGUCGGUUCACCUUCCAGCGGAACCGCUCCUUCGAUCAUCGGCUGAGCAACGUGAUCCGGUUCAGCUUCGGGCGGCAGUCCUCGCUCGACCCGAACCGCAGGAGCAGCAGCCCCGCCAGGGAGGAGCUCACGGUGCCAGAGAACCUGGAUUCCACCAUGCAGCUCCUUUUCUUGGCCAGCCGAGGGGACUUCAAGGGGAUGGAAGAGCUCCUCAGGUGCGGCGUCGAUGUGAAUAGCAUCGAUCUGGACGGCAGGACGGCGUUGCAUAUAGCGGCGUGUGAGGGGCAUGUCAACGUCGUGAAGCUGCUGCUGAGCUGGAGAGUCAACGUAGAUGCCAGGGAUCGAUGGGGCAGCACGGCUGCUGCAGAUGCCAAGUGCUAUGGCAAUGUUGAAGUCUACAACAUCUUAAGAGCUCGAGGAGCCAAAGCUCCGAAAACAUGGAGGACUCCCAUGGCUGUGUCAGAUUCCCAAGAAGUUCCAGAGUAUGAGCUAAAUCCAGGGGAGAUACAGAUUAGACGAGGUGAAGAGGCCCUAAAGGGUACUUAUCAAGUUGCUAAGUGGAAUGGUACUAAGGUUUCUGUGAAAAUCCUUGACAAGGAAAGCCAUUCAGAUCCAGACAGUGUAAAUUCUUUCAAGCAUGAGUUGAAUCUGUUACAAAAGGUCCGGCAUCCUAAUGUGGUUCAGUUUGUAGGAGCUGUAACCCAAAAUGUACCUAUGAUGAUUGUUUCGGAGUAUCAGUCAAAUGGUGACUUAGGGAGCUAUCUUCAAAAGAAAGGACGUCUACAGCCCCAUAAAGUUCUUAGAUUUGCUCUUGAAAUUGCCAGGGGUAUGAAUUAUCUUCAUCAAUGUAAGCCAGAACCAAUCAUUCAUUGCGAUUUAAAACCAAAAAAUAUCUUGCUCGAUUGUGGGGGGCAAUUGAAGGUGGCCGGUUUUGGAUUAAUGAAGUUAUCAAAAAUUUCAUCUGAUAAAUCAAAAUUGGCAGAUUCCAAAACUAAAAUUAACAGCUUGAGCUUGUACGUGGCACCUGAAAUUUACAAGGACGAAAUCUUUGAUAUGAGCGUUGAUGCAUUCUCUUUUGGUCUCAUUCUGUAUGAGAUGAUCGAAGGAGCACCAGCUUUCCACCCAAAGAGUCCAGAAGAAGCUUCAAGAUUGAUUUGCUUGAAAGGCAUGAGACCUCCAUUGAAGAACAAAUCUAAAAGUUAUCCUCCAGAGGUUAAGGAGUUGAUCGAAGAGUGUUGGGAUCCCGAGCCUAUCGCGAGACCGACCUUUUCGGAGAUAAUUGUUCGACUUGAUAGAAUCUAUGCUGCCUGUUCUAAGCAGCAGGGAAGUUGGAAAGAGACCUUUAAACUCCCCUGGAAAUAAUGAGAAAAGGUGGAAGGCCUCAUCAUGUUUUCCUGCAGAUGUGCAUGAUAAACACAACCUUCUGCUACAGUGUACAUUUUCUUGUUCACAGUUGAAAUACACAAUUGAAGCAUCAUCCUGUGUACUUUUUUAUAUUCUGAUUCAUAUUUAUUGUUGAAAAAAAAAAAGACAUUUGAGAUCUCUACACAAAUUUUUGAUCUGUGAGAAAUGA